CUAUGGCCACACGGUGGGCAGCCCGCCACUCUCUGACGCCUUAUUGGGAAACACCUCGUGAGGCCACUUCAGACCACCCAUGUGACCUACACACACACGCACACACAGACACACACAUACACCCAGACAGAGAGCCGUCCUACCUGCCCUUCAGUGAGUCACUCACUGCCUUAGUCACUGACUCUCUCACUCUGUGCGUAUCGCUCGAUUUCCUCUCUCUGCCUCCUGGCCUUCUCCCUCAGUGUGGCCUCCCGCACCUUCUUCGGCGGCGGGUCCCAACGAAACUCAGCGCGCGCAUGGACACCAAACGUCUCACUGAUCAUUGCGUGCACCAGACAGGUUUUCUAGCACAGUUUGUCGGUGGAUACCUACCGUAGGUAGCAGAGCGCGAGUAUGAUCUGGUUGGCGGCGAAUGCGAUGACACCGACGAAGACGUAGAAGAGCUUGCUCUUCAGAGGGCUGCCAUGCAUGUCAUGUGUGCGCAGACAGACACACAUGGGUGGGUUGAAGGAGAGAGAGGGGAGGCUCACACUGUGAGCUAAGCUGCCCACCACACGUAGGGUACCCUUGAAGGAUCUUGCCCGACUCGGCGACCCAUGCCAAAGUGGCAACCACCACAAACACACAUGACAACAACGCCAAACUCUGACGCGAGACACAGAGCAGAAGGCAUGUGUGUCCCUGUGUGAGGCCUUCCUGCCUGCCUGCCUCAGUGUUGGGUGCGUCGCUCACGGCUGACGUGUAGUGUUUGCCCUGAGUGCCCCCGCAGCCGAUGAACCAAAAGUCGUCGACAUACUCGUAGACAAACCACGCUAUUACCGCACCCACACAACCUAACACAAUCAGACCCACAGCCUGAACCACACACCCACCCACCCACACACACACACACUAACACGCACGCCAAGGGCCGCUAGCAAGCAUGCCGGCCUGCCUGGUCACCUUGCUCUCCACUGAUGUGUAUAGGUAGAGGCUCCUGAACUGUGAGCAGUAGACCUUGUACUCGUCAAACAGCCGCUGCAGCCUCUCGUACACCCCCUCGCCGAUCGGACCUGUAGGCGGCUCUGGCUCCGCAGUCGUCACAUCUGGAUCUGGCUCUGCAGUGGUCAGCGCGUCUGUCCCAUUGUUCGUCCCAUUUGCGCCGCCAGAUGCCUGAAAGGCCACCAGCUGGCCGGCCAUCUCUGGAGCAAAACCACGGGAAUCCGGCCCCGUUGAAUGGUCCAGUGCUGAUGUUGGUGUCUCCGUGGGCGUAUCGAAGCUGCUGCUGCUGUUGGUGCUGCUGGUGCUGGUGCUGGUGGCCACUGUUGUCUCUGGAGUGUUGCCCGGCCCUGCUGUCUCAUGAGCGGCGUUGCCUUGCAGUAUCCGUGUGCCGUCCUCAGUUGAGUCUUCAGGAGCCUCCAGUGCGCAUGUAGUGGUCGCUUCAUUUGUCAUUUCCACCUCUCGAUUGACAUAGCUGUCCCGGUUGGCCGUCAGUUGUCGAGCGGUGGUGUCGCUGUCGCUGUCGGUGCCAUUGCCAUUGCCGUUGAUGCCCUGCAGAAGCGCCUCCUCAGCCCUCCGCUACUCCUCUUGUAUCAGCGCCUCAUUGAACUACACGCAGCAGACGAAGGAACUGAAUGAAUGAAUGGCGUAUGAAUGUCGUGUGUGUGCCUCCCCGCUCCCUCCCUCCCUCCCUCCCUCCCCAGCUGUCUACCUGGUUCAUCUUGUCGCAAAUGCCCUGCACGAAUGGGCCCCAGUCGACCGAUGACGUGUUCUCAUUCAGCUGAGCCUGCCGCAGCCCAAUCUUGCCCUUCAACUCCUUCGUCUGACAGACAAGACAACAGCCCCGCCCCCAAUUAACCGAACCGAACCGAAGCGAUAGAUGGCAUGCAUGUGAUCAUUUCCCUCUCUCUGCUCUGCUCACCCACCCGUCUCCACGGGAAAUAGAGGCUGAGCAGCAGGAUGAAGAAGCAGUUGAUGAAGGUCAGCAGCCGGAUGCUGUUCAUGAUCGUCAGGUACUUGUACGCCUUGCCGAAGAACUUGCGCAUGCGAGCGUCGCACCGGGCGACACAGCGCUGGACCAUCUUGCCGGUCCGCUCGGCGACCUCCCUGCAGUUGGUGCAGAUGCGGAUGCACUCCUGGAUGUUCUUGAGAGUCCGCCGAAAUGCGCUGCGGCCCAGUUGCUUCAUCUUGUCGUUCAUCUUCUUUUGCAUCCUCUCCCCCGGCGUCAGGCUGUCCGCGCCAGCCGUCGGCGAUGAGCCCCGCCCUGCAGACGCUGACAUGACUGGACGUGUGAAUCAGACUCAGCUGGCAGUGGAGGCAAAGUUACUUUUUCC